GGUAGAAUUAAUCUUGAGAAAUAUGUUCUUUCCUUAUUGGGAUGUCGUGUUAUCUUUUAAGCUUGAACCAAGAAAACAGCUAACAAAGAGAUUUCUUCUUCUUCUUCUUCCGCUUUCUGUUCAAAUCAUGGCGAAGAAGAAGAAAGGCGUCAAGUACUUGGUGGUGGAUGCUUUCACGGAUUCCGCUUUCAAAGGGAACCCAGCAGCGGUUUGCUUCCUCAACAACGAGAUCAGAGACGACGCGUGGCUUCAGUCUCUCGCCGCCGAAUUCAGCAUCUCCCAAUCUUCUUUCCUUACUCCCAUCACUGGUUUCGAAGCUCGCUUCGGUCUCCGUUGGUUUACCCCUCUAGCCGAGGUGGAUCUAUGUGGUCAUGCAACUUUGGCAUCUGCUCACUGUCUCUUCUCCAAUGGUUUGGUUUAUUCAGACAAUGUCGAGUUUGUCACAAGGUCAGGGGUUCUUACAGCCAAGCGAGUUGAUGAUGGUGAAGCCAAAGGAGGAUCCUUUUUGAUCGAGUUGAAUUUCCCUGUGGUUCCAACUUGUGAUAUCAAUCUCAGUGAUGCAUCCUCCUCCAUGAUCACCAAGGCCUUGAACGGAGCUACCAUUCUUGAUAUUAAAGCUACUGCGACCAACAACAUCCUCGUUGUGCUUCCAUCUUUGGAAUCUGUCACUGAGUUGCAACCAAUAAUGGAUGAUAUCUUGAACUGCCCUUGCGAUGGCAUCAUUGUGACAGCUGCUGGUUCUCCAGGAUCGGCUUAUGAUUUUCACAGUCGUUACUUUGCUCCUAAACUUGGAGUUGAUGAGGACCCUGUUUGUGGAAGUGCACAUUGUGCAUUGGCACAUUACUGGAGCCUCAAGAUGAACAAGUGUGACUUCUUAGCCCACCAAACUUCGCAUAGGAGUGGAACACUUGAGAUUUAUUUGGACAAGGAGAAGCAGAGGGUUCUCCUGAGAGGCAAAGCAGUUACUGUAAUGGAAGGCCAUGUCUUGGUCUAAUCUGAGAUCUCAAUGUAUUGCUACAAAACAAGCCCUUCAAUUAAUUAAUAAAGACAGAAAACCACUGAUAUGAAAUGUUUAUGUUUUCUGACCAUAUUUGUGGGGCUAGUGUUGUCAUUACAAUUAUUUGUUUGGGACCCUUUUUUUUGUUUUGGUAAGUAAAACAUAUGUAUUACAAUUGUCAUUACAAUCUAUAUUAUUAAAACUUCUAUAUUAUUAAAA